AAGGAGUGCACGCUGAUGGCCUCGCUGCGCCACCCUAACCACCAUCGCCUGCCUGGCACAGCAACGGCCGACCCUCCUUUCCUCCCGCCUGCAGAGUACUGCGCCAAGGGCUCGCUGGCGGACGUGCUCAAGGCGGCCAACGCGUCGCCCCAGAAGGCGGCGCAGCUCACCUGGCUGCGGCGGCUCAACAUGGCGCUGGAUGCCACCAAGGGCAUGCUGUACCUGCAUAAGCGCGGCAUCAUCCACCGCGACCUCAAGUCGCCCAACCUGCUGGUGGAAAGCACGUGGAAGGUCAAGGUGGCCGACUUCAACCUGAGCAAGAUUGUGGAGGACACCGGCAGCGGGCGGUCCACCGUGGCUAACAUGAACCCUCGCUGGCUGGCACCCGAGAUUCUCAACGGCGAGUCCGCCACCACCGCCAGCGACGUCUUCUCCUGGGGCGUCGUGAUGUGGGAGCUGCUCACCUUCCAGCUGCCGUGGCCGCAUGUCAGCCCCUGGGGGCUGGUGGGCAAGCUGAUGGAUGGCAUGCGCCUGAAGAUCCCCGCCAAGGAGGAGCUGCCCGGCCCCGACACCCAGCGCUUUGCGGGCCUGGAUGACUACGUGGGCCUGCUGCAGCGGUGCUGGGCGCAGGACCCGGCAGAGCGGCCCACCUUUGAGGACUGCAUCCACGAGCUGAGGAAGAUGCUGGAGCUGCAGGCAAAGAGCUCGAUGGAGAAGUAGUGCAGCUGGCACGCGUGGGCCUUGCCGCACCAACUGAUACAUGUACCGGCAUGUACCAACCUUCAUUGAACCCGGCAGACCCAGGCAGAAGCUGCAUUGGCCCAGCCUGCCGGCAGCUUCUCCUGGGCGCCGCCAUGUUGGCGCCAGGGCGUCCUUGUCCCAUGUAGCACGUGGGCUGCCAUACACUACGUGCGGCAUCGGCCGCCCCUUGAACUAUGUGUGUUGCAUUGCUUUUCAAUCCCUAUAGUCCCUCUGUCCCUCACUCCCUGCUUCCCUCUUUUUCUUCCUGCGGAUGCCCGGCAGGGCUCGCUCUUGAGUGACCAUCAACACUGUUUUUGUUGCUUUGAACUCCGAGGCCCCUGCUGGCCCGCUUGCCGCCAGCCACCCUGCCUGGUGGGACUCUUCUACUCUGCAGCUCGCCGAUCAUCGCCAUUUCAUUUCGCCGCUGCUGCCUGUGCGUUUCUGUGUCCUUGGUGCACGCGUGCUGCUGUAACUUGGCACGGUUGCA